CAAUGCAAGCCCGCCAAAGGAAAAACCAAUCAGAAAGAGGUGUUUUUCCCGCCUCGCUCUAAGCCCCACCCCAACCAAUCACAAACAUCCACGCAGCCCUCCUGGGCAUAAAAGAAGCAAACCCCCCACCGCUCCCUCUCUCUUUCUCUCCUGCCCAGCCCAGCCUGCUGCCUCCAAUAAAGAUCUCUUGGCCGAGCCGGUGUGCCGUGGUCUUAAGUCUGAGCGUCACUCUUUCAGUGGGGAGAAAGACACUGCUUGGAUGGACUAGAAUAUAAUCCAGCGUGGAAGUGUGCCUCAACAGAGCCAUGGAUAUCUUCUAAAAUUGGACUGUAACCAUGGCUGCAUAACUUGUUUCAUAGGAAUUUGCUUGACAAAUGUGGACGUGAUUAGUUGCCUGGCCUCCAAAACUCAAACCUGUAUUCUUUGGUAUCAUGGGAUGCUGUAUGCCAAAUGACAGGCCUCCAAAAGCCUGACCACCCUAAAGACCAUUUUUGCUGAAGGAGUCUCUGUCGCCCAGGCUGGAUCGCAGUGGUGUGACCUCGGCUCACUGCAAUCUCCGCCUCCCAGGUUCAAGCAAUUCUCCUGCCUCAGUCACCCAAGUAGCUGAGACUACAGACGCCCACCAACACGCCCGGCUAAUUUUUGUAUUUUUAGUAGAGACAGGAUUUCACCAUAUUGGCCAGGCUGGUCUUGAACUCCUGACCUUAUGAUCAGCACGCCUCAGCCUCCCAAAGUGCUGGGAUUACAGGCAUGAGCCACUGCGCCUGGCCUAUGUCGUUCUUUUUUUUUAAAAAAAAACAAACCUAUGGAUACUAGUUAUAUCCACAUGACACAAAAAUUUUUGUCAAUACAGAAAAGUAUAUGGUAAUAUAAUUUAGGUUACCUUGAGACUAUUGUUGAUUAAAAAAUAAUACUAAAGCUGAGAAUUUAAAAAUUAAAAUGAACAUUUUAAUUGUGGCUAAAAAGUACGUGUGUUUGUGCGUUUUUGUAUAGGUAGAGAGAGAGAAACUGAGAGACUAUUUACUAUUCUUGCCAUUAGACAAGAAUAAGAAUAAAAAAAAUUUUUAAAAACCUCAUAAAGAUUUUAGGUCUAUAUCAUCAUCCCACCAACAAUAAUUACAGACAAGAACGAAGCAUUUUACCACUCCCUGAUGAGUAACAAAGUAGCCAACAGUAGCCUUGGGUAUUGAAGAAAUUUUAAGACACACGGAAAGCCUGACUUAAGUUGAUAUUAAUUACUAUUAUUACUGGAUUCUAUUGCUUAAAUUGUUCUCUAUGGUAGGGUAAGGAGUCUUUGCUUCCUGGCUCAGUGGGCCAGUAUUUUUUCCUGCCUGAAAAGUUUCAUACGAAACAUACAAUGUCCUGUGUCAGAAACACCAAAGUCUUCACAGGCUAAUAGAUUUCAAGUCACUUAAGACAUUGAAAUGUACGCUAUGCUUUAUCUAAAGGUACAAUUAAAAGUAUUGGGGCUAUAUUCCAGAUCUCUGAAAUGAAACCGAGAGGAAACUGGGUUUUCAAUUUGUUAUGUGAAAAGGUUAAGUAAAAUACAAACUUACGUAUAGGGAGAUAAUACAGUUCUAAUAAUGCAUGAAAGCCAGAGACAUAGAUCAACAAAUGCACAUUUCUGAAAUACGGGUUUUUCUGAGCAUUUGUUCUAAAGUUCUUUGAAAAUCUUGCCAAACAAUCCCAUUUUAAGAUACCAGUUCACAUAAUAAGCAAGUCAGAACAUUUGCAAGGCAAAAUGUUGUUUUCCUUUCUGCAGCCAGGAAAAACACAGCUCUAAGCUUAGGUUGUAACGGUAAAAGGAUUUGGGAGCAGCUGAUUUUAGAGACUCAUAAAAACAACUCGCCCUUAUGCCAGGAGAUAUAAAGAAUAUGCAGAGUCUGCAUUGUGCUUCUAGUGUCAGAACAAAUCAUUCUGCUUUUUCUUUGAGAUUAACCGAUGCCAAUGGAUGAGUAAAGGGAGAAAUAAAUGUACAGACUGAGACCUGCAGCUUGGUGAGGCUGGAACCCAACGCCGUUCUUUUGUGGUCUCGCCUCUGGGGAGUCUACAAGCCGUAAAUCUAACGUGCAGCCAGCCGUGCGGCUUCUGGCCGAGCCACGUCUGAGUAAAGCCUUUUCUGUGACGAGCGGGGAGACGAGACUGACUGGAGCCAGAGAAUGGAGGCGGCGGGCUGGCGGGGAGGCACUUUCAGGCGCACUUCACAGACGCACAAAAACAAGGAAGCCUGAAGGGAAGGCGGUUGAAAAUAAGGCAACAGAAGCCGCGAAGGAAGCGCGCCCCCCUCAGGAUUGGUUUGACAUUCCGAAGCUCAGCCUCGCCCGCCCCGAAGACCUGCUGCAAAUCACGGCCGCGCGCGCGCGCACUCCCCUUGCUCUCGGGCGCUGGGCGGGGAGAGCCGCGCGCACCGGUUAAUUCUGCCAAUCUUGCGUCUCGGCCGCCCAUCGUGUGGGCCAAGCCCCGCCCCAACCGCCCGCUGGCGGAGGCGCGCGCGCACUCCGGCCGCUCUGAGUCGCUGAGUGAAGCGGCGCCUCGCGCGUCAGUCAAUCUGGCCAAUUGCGUGUCUUUUCCGCCUCCCGCGCGGCCCCGCCCCUGCCACAGGGUCGAUUUACGGCCGCAGGAGAAUUUGAAUAUAUUUUGGUGGAUGAAACGAAAACAAGGAGAGUCUGGUGACUGAGAUACUAGCUGGUCGAUGUGUCAUGAAAAACUUAGUGGUCCCUAUGUGGGAAGAGAAAAACCAAGAUUUCACUUUCAAGAUGGAAAGUCCGUCAGACUCAGCUGUGGUUUUACCUAGCACUCCUCAGGCCUCUGCGAAUCCAUCAUCUCCCUAUACAAAUAGUUCCCGAAAACAACCUAUGAGUGCAACACUUAGAGAAAGAUUGAGGAAAACAAGAUUUUCAUUUAAUUCCUGUUACAAUGUGGUGAAACGUCUUAAAGUAGAGAGAGAAGAAAAUGAUCAGACCUUUUCAGAGAAACCAGCAUCUUCCACAGAGAAAAACUGUUUGGAAUUUCAAGAAAGUUUUAAACACAUAGACAGUGAAUUUGAAGAAAAUACAAAUUUGAAAAAUACUUUGAAGAAUCUCAGUGUCUGUGAAUCUCAGUCACUUGAUUCUGGAUCAUGCAGUUCUCUCCAAAAUGAGUUUGUGAAUGAGAAGCUUCCUAAACAAAGAUUAAACGAUGAAAAAGCCAAAUUGGUGAAGCAGGUUCAGGAGAAAGAAGACCUUCUUCGGAGGCUAAAACUAGUCAAAAUGUAUAGAUCAAAGAAUGAUCUGUCUCAGUUACAGUUGUUAAUAAAGAAGUGGAGAAGCUGUAGCCAGCUGUUGCUUUAUGAGUUGCAGUCAGCUGCGUCUGAAGAGAACAAGAAACUAAGCCUUACUCAAUUGAUAGACCACUAUGGGUUAGAUGAUAAAUUGCUACACUAUAACAGAAGUGAAGAAGAAUUUAUAGAUGUUUAAUUCCUGAUUUUUGCUCCAGAAUAUCUUUGAGAAUGACAACUUAAUUAAAAGAUACUUAGGCACUUUUUUUUUUUUUUUUUUUUUUGAAACUGAGUCUCGCUCUUGUCACCCAGGCUGGAGUGCGAAUGGUGCGAUCUUGACUCACUGCAACCUCCGCCUCUCGGGUUCCAGCAAUUCUCCUGCCUCAGCCUCCCGAGUAGCUGAGAUUACAGGCACCCGCCACCGUGCCCGGCUAACUUUUGCAUUUUUAGUAGAGACUGGGUUUCACCACGUUGGCCAGGCUGGUCUCGAAUUCCUGACCUCAGGUGAUCCACCGCCUAGGCCUCCCAAAACUAUUAGGGCUCAGAGGAAGGUAUCCCGAUGAUAAAAUUAAGGGCACUUUAAAUUAUAAACUAAGUUCUAAAAGGAAAAUUAGUAUUUUGGAUAGAUUUGCCAAAGAAAACAUGACAUUUAAAUCAUGUUUAAAAAGUCAUUUGGGCAGUUCUGGAAACUAGUUUUAAUAUAUUUGUUUUGUUUUUUAUGACAAAAAGUUUUAUUUUAAAUGUUAAAAAUUGUCCAAUCUGGUGAAUGUCUAAACCCUAAAGUUUAAAAAUUUCUGCCUCUGUCCUAAGUUUAUGCACCUUGUUUCCAUCCAUUUACCACAUAUUUCCAUCUGACAAUCUAGCAGGUAAUUAAACUCAUAUGUCCAAAACCA